AUGAGCUGGAUUCUGACAUCACGCAGUUCUCCAGCAUCCUCUCCCAGCCAGCCUGGAGACCGCUUCAUCCCCUACAGAACUCGAGCCAACUGGAGCCUGAAAUUCCACACAGCCUUAGAAGACUCUGAGAAACCACUGAAGGAGAAGCGGAAAUCCAGAGGGGCCGCCUCGGGCAAUAGCAAAGGAGCCCUAACCUACUCUGCCUUAUUGCAGAAUGAGCUUCUGGGGGCUGGCAUCGAGAAAGUCCAGGAUCUGAAGAGAGGGGGGCAAAGGCUGCUACAGCCUGGCACCCCAGAGAAGAAGAAACUUUUUGUGUAUUCUCCUAGCCCUACAUGCUGCAGACCUGAUGUGGGGAGUGAAACCUCUCCAUAUAGCUUGGCUUCCAUCAGUAACCAAAGCCAGACCUUGCUCAUGUCUCAAGAGAAACCCCCAAGAAUAAUCCCCUCAAAAUCUUUCAAAGUCCUUGAGGCCCCAGACCUUGAGAAUGACGUCUGCCUGAACCUACUAGACUGGUCUUCCCUCAAUGUCAUCUCUGUAGGCCUGGGCACUUGUGCUUUCCUGUGGAAUGCAGAUACACUCCAGGUGAGCCAGCUGUGUGACCUGAGUGUGGAGAGAGAUUCAGUGACCUCCUUGUGCUGGUCCAACCAGGGGAAUUUGCUAGCACUCGGCACGGACACAGGUUACGUACAGAUCUGGGAUGUGGCCGCAGAGAAGAAAGUGUCUGUGCUGGACGGGCACAGAUCCAGAGUCGGUGUGCUGGCCUGGAAUGAAGACCAGAUUUCUUCUGGGAGCCGUGAUACGAUGAUCAUCCAGAGAGACUUCCGCACCCCACCCAGGCAGUCUGAGCGCAGGCUUCGAGGUCACGCCCGUGAGGUGUGUAGGCUCCAGUGGUCCACCAAUCACAGGCUGCUGGCCUCAAGUGGAAAAGACAGCACCAUUUUGCUCUGGAACCUCGCCAGUCUGAAACCUGUCCAGCAUUACGCCCAUCACAGGGCGUCCGUGAGGGCCAUCGCGUGGUCUCCCCACCAGCACGGCCUGUUAGCAUCCACUAGCGGGAAGGUCGACUGCAGCAUCCAUUUCUGGAAUUCGCUGACGGAGCAGACCCUGCAGAGAAUCCACACGGAUUCUCAGGUGUUCAACAUGGCCUGGUCCAAAAACAGCAACGAGCUGGUCAGCACCCAUGGCUACUCAGAAAACCAGAUCGCCAUCUGGAAAUACCCCUCCCUGACACAAGUAGCCAAACUCAAGGGCCAUAAAAACCGAGUUUUGUAUCUCACCAUGUCUCCUGAUGGACAGGUCAUAGCCACAGGCGCAGCAGAUGAGACUCUGAGAUUUUGGAAGGUUUUUGCCCCAACCCGCCCAUCAAGGCCAUCUGCGUCUGUCCUUGAUCUCUUCGGUCAUAUCCGGUAA